GGCUGGGCAAGUCGCGCACCCACUGCGCCCAGCCCCUGACGCGGCUUCCAGGACUGCGCUGCUGCGCGGACCCGCCGGCCCGGUGAGCGCGGCGGCCCCGCCACUCCGGGUCCAUGCACCUCCUCUUCUCCUGCCGUCUCGGAUUUCCUGCUGGUUUCCCGGAGGAGCCUACUUUCCCUCCCUUGAGAAGACCACCCCCUUCUCUUUGCCUCAUAAUGAGUCAGCUGAGACUGCUGCCCUCCCGGCUUGGGGCACAGGCCUCAAGGCUCCUGGCCCCCCACGAUGUCCACAUGUUCAACUGGCGCAGCAGGUCCUCUGGGCCACCGGCCACCUUCCCAAGCGGCAAACGUGGAGGCAGCUCCAGUUACAUGGAGGAGAUGUACUUCGCCUGGUUGGAAAAUCCCCAGAGCGUCCACAAGUCCUGGGACAGCUUCUUCCGAAAAGCCAGUGAGGAAGGUGCCUGUGACCCGGCUCAGCCACGGUUCCCAGAGAGCAGGCCAGCAGUCUCGAGUCGGACCGACACCAGCAAGCUGGUAGAGGACCACCUGGCUGUGCAGUCCCUGAUCCGGGCCUACCAGAUCCGGGGCCACCAUGUGGCCCAGCUGGACCCCCUGGGCAUUCUGGACGCAGACCUGGACUCCUUUGUGCCCUCAGACUUAAUCACAACCAUCGAUAAAUUGGCUUUCUAUGACCUGCGGGAGGCUGACCUAGAUAAGGAGUUCCAGCUGCCCACGACCACCUUCAUCGGGGGGUCUGAACAUACCCUCUCUCUGCGGGAGAUCAUUCGGCGCCUGGAGAGCACCUACUGCCAGCACAUCGGCCUGGAGUUCAUGUUCAUCAAUGACGUGGAGCAGUGCCAGUGGGUCCGGCAGAAGUUCGAGACACCUGGCGUGAUGCAGUUCUCCAGUGAGGAGAAGCGGACCCUGCUGGCCCGGCUGGUGCGCUCCAUGAGAUUUGAAGACUUCCUGGCCCGGAAGUGGUCCUCUGAGAAGCGAUUUGGCCUGGAGGGCUGUGAGGUCAUGAUUCCCGCCCUCAAGACCAUAAUCGACAAAUCCAGUGAGAUGGGGAUCGAGAAUGUCAUCCUGGGGAUGCCACACAGGGGCAGGCUGAAUGUGCUGGCCAACGUGAUCCGCAAGGACCUGGAGCAGAUAUUCUGCCAGUUUGACCCCAAGCUGGAGGCGGCAGACGAGGGCUCUGGAGACGUCAAAUAUCACCUCGGCAUGUACCAUGAGAGGAUCAACCGGGUCACCAACAGAAAUAUCACUUUGUCCCUCGUGGCCAACCCCUCCCACCUAGAAGCCGUGGACCCUGUGGUGCAGGGAAAGACGAAGGCAGAACAGUUCUACCGAGGGGAUGCCCAGGGCAAGAAGGUCAUGUCCAUCCUGGUUCAUGGGGAUGCUGCCUUCGCUGGCCAAGGUGUGGUGUAUGAGACCUUCCACCUGAGUGACCUGCCCUCUUACACCACCAAUGGUACUGUGCAUGUGGUUGUCAACAACCAGAUUGGCUUCACCACAGACCCCCGCAUGGCCCGCUCCUCACCGUACCCCACCGAUGUGGCCCGUGUGGUCAACGCACCUAUCUUCCACGUGAACGCGGAUGACCCAGAGGCCGUGAUAUACGUGUGCAGUGUGGCAGCCGAGUGGAGGAACACAUUCAAUAAAGAUGUGGUGGUGGACUUGGUCUGUUACCGCCGGCGUGGCCACAACGAGAUGGACGAGCCCAUGUUCACGCAGCCGCUCAUGUACAAGCAGAUUCACAGACAGGUGCCUGUGCUGAAGAAGUACGCGGACAAGCUCAUUGCUGAGGGCACAGUCACCCUGCAAGAGUUCGAGGAAGAAAUCGCCAAAUAUGACAGGAUCUGUGAGGAGGCAUAUGGCAGGUCCAAGGAUAAAAAGAUCCUGCAUAUAAAGCACUGGCUGGACUCCCCCUGGCCUGGCUUCUUCAAUGUGGAUGGGGAGCCCAAGAGCAUGACAUGCCCAGCCACGGGCAUUCCCGAGGACGUGCUGACCCACAUUGGCGAAGUGGCUAGCUCCGUGCCUGUGGAGGACUUUAAGAUCCACAGUGGCCUCUCUCGAAUCCUGCGGGGCCGUGCGGACAUGACCAAGACACGGACGGUGGACUGGGCACUGGCGGAGUACAUGGCCUUCGGCUCCUUGCUCAAGGAGGGCAUCCACGUGCGGCUCAGUGGGCAGGAUGUGGAGAGGGGCACGUUCAGUCACCGGCACCACGUUCUCCAUGACCAGGAAGUUGACCGGAGGACGUGUGUCCCCAUGAACCACCUUUGGCCUGACCAGGCCCCCUACACUGUGUGCAACAGCUCCCUCUCAGAGUAUGGAGUCCUGGGCUUUGAGUUGGGCUAUGCCAUGGCCAGCCCCAAUGCCCUGGUCCUCUGGGAGGCUCAGUUUGGUGACUUCCACAACAUGGCCCAGUGCAUCAUCGACCAGUUCAUCAGCACCGGCCAGGCCAAGUGGGUGCGGCACAACGGCAUCGUCCUUCUGCUGCCCCACGGCAUGGAGGGCAUGGGCCCAGAACACUCCUCAGCAAGGCCUGAGAGGUUCCUGCAGAUGAGCAAUGAUGACUCCGAUGCAUACCCCGUGUUCACGGAGGACUUUGAAGUGAGCCAGCUCUACGACUGCAACUGGAUUGUCGUCAACUGCUCCACACCAGCCAGCUAUUUCCACGUGCUGCGCCGCCAGGUCCUGCUGCCCUUCCGGAAGCCGCUGAUCAUCUUCACACCCAAAUCUCUGCUGAGGCACCCAGAGGCCAAGUCCAGCUUCGACCAAAUGGUAUCUGGGACCAGCUUCCAGCGGGUGAUUCCUGAGGAUGGGGCUGCGACGCAGGCUCCUGAGCGGGUACGGCGGCUAAUCUUCUGCACCGGAAAAGUGUACUAUGACCUGGUGAAGGAGCGGAGCAGCCAGGGCCUGGAGGAGCAAGUGGCCAUCACCCGCCUGGAACAGAUCUCUCCAUUCCCCUUCGACUUGAUCAAGCAAGAGGCAGAGAAGUACCCAGGCGCAGAGCUGGUGUGGUGUCAGGAAGAGCACAAGAACAUGGGCUACUAUGACUACAUCAGCCCACGCUUCAUGACCAUCCUGAGCCGGGCGCGGCCCAUAUGGUAUGUUGGCCGUGACCCAGCGGCUGCACCAGCCACAGGAAACAGGAACACACACCUGGUUUCUCUGAAGAAGUUUCUGGAUUCUGCCUUUAAUCUCCAGGCCUUUGAGGGCAAGACAUUUUAGAGCUGGCAAGGCCUGGCUGGGUCUUGAUGUGGGACUGGCUGGGGACAUGGGGGCUGGCAAGGGGAGGGAUGGAUAGUGCUCCUGCCCAAGAGAGGGGCUGUCUAGAGCUCCAGGAUAAAACAAUACUCAUAAAAGGAAUUAAGACCAAAGAAUAGGCACUGCUGGCUUCGGUAUUAGGCCACCUUGGGCAAUCGUGUUUAUGUCACAGUCUAUUAGGACUGAGCAAGCCAGAGGGGUCUGAUAGAUGGGCUGUAAUCCGGGAGUAUUUCCCCACUGGCCCUGGUCUUUCUGAAAUUUUUGUUGGGCUUCUUCAUCUGUGCUGUUCAUGUCUCUGUGGACAACCACGAGGGAGCCCAUGUCUUUGGUCCCUCUCUCCCAUCCUGGCAGAUCUGGCUGCUGCUUACCCCGUCCUUGUUCAUCUGUAGAUUCAAGGAAUGUUCCCUUUUGUGCUCUUAGAAAUAAAGAUUUUAGCAAUAACAACUAGGUGAAGCAAAACCCUGCCAGGUGAUUUAUAUGUGCUCUGUUUUAUGGGGCGUGUCAUAAUGAGAUAUGUCAGCUUCUGUGUGAAAUAUAGCCGCAGCUCAUGUGUACCAAAGUAGAAAACCAAAUAACAGAGAAAUAAAAAAAUGCUUAAGAGAG